AUGGAUUCGUUAUCUACCGGAACAUUAAGUGGGGCACAAAAGGAAGAAUUAAUGGAUCAGGUUAAACAGCAAAUUGCUAUUGCUAACGCACAAGAACUACUUACGAAAAUGUCGGAGAAAUGUUUCAAAAAAUGCAUUAACAAACCUGGGACUUCUUUGGAUAACUCGGAGCAGAAGUGUAUAGCAAUGUGUAUGGACAGGUACAUGGAUGCUUGGAAUCUCGUUUCUAGAACGUACAGCAGUCGCAUUCAAAGGGAACGAAACAAUAUGUAA